AUGUGGAUCCGUGGUGUCGCCCUUUUGGAUAUAAGGGUAGCUAGGGAAAGCAUCGAUUUUCGUCACCCUACGAUCCGCACGGCGGGGGCGCGGCAAGAUGGCGGAGGGUCCCGGACCUGCCUCAAGCGCACUCGCUGCUCCAAGGUCACGAGCGCCAUGUGCUCCCACCGCAUAGACGCCCGAAAUACAGCAUCUCGA